AUGACUGAAGACGAUGAUGAUGAAGAAGUUACUACAGUUACUACAGUAAUAAGGUUGAUUUUGCUAGGAGAAGAAUGGACAAUUAAUUAUGCUGUAAAAUAUGGUCAUCUUGAAGUAGUUAAAUAUUUACAUUCAUUGGGUUAUAAAGAUAAAAAAGAGACGGUUUAUUGUGCUGCAAUGAAUGAUCACCUUGAAGUAGUAAAAUAUUUAAUUGAAUUAGGAUAUGAAUGUGAUGAAUGGAUAACUAAUGAUGCUGAACGUAAAGGAAAAAAUGCUGAACAACUUCUUAAAGUAUUAAUAGAUUUACAUUCUAUUGGAUAUAAAGGUACGGAAAAAGCAAUUUUUCAUGCUAAAUUAGCUGGUUACCUUGAAGCAUUUGAAUAUUUACAUUCAAUAGGAUAUAGAUACAGUUGA